AUGGGGUUGUGGCCACGGACUCACCAAUUCCUUCCUCAACCACUUCUUCUCAUGAUGCUGAUGCUUAUCCUACUCUCAGCUCCAUUAAUCAAUGCCACUAGUACUUCUUCAGAAAAGCACGACCAAAUUUUGGUUCCACAAGUGCCUGAUUCGAGUAUAAAGUGCAUGACAUGUCCUUGUGUGAACCCUUGUUCUGAUCAGCACUCUCCUCCUCCUCCACCACCACCACCACCACCACCGCCGCCGCCGCCACGUACGCAGGAUUGUGGACAGCAGGUGCCACCACCGCCUAGGUUCAUUUACAUAACGGAACCACCACCACCGAGAUUCACCUACAUAAUCAAUGAACCAGGGAAUUUGUAUGCCACUAAUCCUUCUAAUUUAGGGUUUUACUCGGCUUCUGGAAGGAAUGUUGUUAUUGGGUUUAUGGUUUUGGUUGGAUGUGGAAUUUUAGACGUACUGAUCAUGGAGUAUUAG